GAAAUAGCCGGACGAAAGUGAGAUUAGUGUAGCUACAUCAAACAUUCAUACAUCUGAUAAUAUGUAGUCUUAAUAGGCCGCGGUGAAGCGCAUGUACCGCUAUCGUUAUUGUGAGUAAUUCUUUAUGUCGUGUUUUUACAUAAUCGAACAGGUUACAUAUUGACAAUGUAAGUAAUUUGUUGGUUAUCAGUAUUGUCAACGUUACGUUCCGCAGUCCCCGUACAGCGGAGGGAAAAUCUUUGCCAGUCAUCUGUAGCGCAGGCAGGGGUGAGAGUGGAUCUGGUAUAACCUGGCAGUCGAUCUAUGAUACACCGCAUUUCAGCGCCGUGGCUGCUCAGCUUCGGAAUCUUGACUUGGAGCGGCUCCGUGAACCAUUCCAGCAAUGGUAUCGUAUACGUACGAUAUCCAGUAUACUAGUACUGUCAAUACAAUAUAUUAGACCGAUCAGGAAUAUACUUGGCGUGCCGUAAUGAUACCGGUAGUCGGUAGAUUGUAUGUCUAUUUAAAGGUUUGGUGAGAAAAGGAAAGUAUCACUGAGCUAUUGUUGUACUACACUGCUCGGGGUUUUUGACACUGGCAGAACUAUUAAUUGGAACAUUAAACAUUCACGGGAGGUGACACUAAAGGUCUAUAGAGGACUUCUGGAAUUACCUCCAUGUCCCGGACAGCUGGUGGGGCGCCUUAUAACUACCGUGCGCCCUCAACUGUAGCGCUCAUACCUAGCGUUGACAUAUCCAGUCCCUGUAGCAUACGUAUAGGAGAUAAUACUAUUUGUGUGUGAAAAAAACCUACAUCUGUGACAGUCGGCUUACUUCUACGUGAAUUGUGUGCAGGUCUAUCAUUGUGUGUAACACAUGCUCAUGACGUUCGUGUCUAGUGAACGAAAUAUUUGAUUUAUAAAAAUAUAUAUCAAUACAACGGAAUAUAAGGGCUUUGAUGGAUAUAACAAUGGCCCGAAUAACUGUAGUUUUUGAGUAUACAUUCCAGAGUUCCCUACGCAUUCGGAACUAGUUUUAGCUGUGGAUUUUACGUUCAUGGAACCAUAUAGUAAUGGGAUAUGGAGAUGUCCCUGUUCGGAUUCUUACCCUGGCCGCUAUGGGAUUGAUCAUAAAAAUCCUCAUUGACGCUAAGGCCGUGGAGGCCAAUGUGUCCGGCUACUUCGCCGUCGUCCAUCCCGGCACGUGCCCGUCCUCCUGUAGUCCCAAGAACGUCAUUGAACCGGACAAGAUGUGGGACGCCUUUCCCUGUCCGCCGCCAUGGAAACGGGAACUGUUUCUACAGCUUAACUGGACUCGUUUGUCUGAACCAGCCGAUAGACAACGGGUUAAAGACAGAGUAGCCAAACGAUGUAAUAUUAACCUACAGGAAUUACAGAACGCAGUGCUAGAAAGCUCAGGACAGUCUCUGAUUUUCAUCGACUGUGAUGCCAACUGUUUCAUCCCUAUCCUCGCCACCAUCACGUGUGUUGUUUUCUUAUUCGUCGCACUGGUCGCAUUCUUUUUCAAAAGACAACAUCGAGCAAGGUUGAAGAGCUCUGAGUUUCCGACUGGGACCACAACUCCACAUGCGGUGGCGAGACAGGACAACCAUUUAUACAUGAGGUCCCCGGAUGGGUCAGGAGGAAUGAUAGCCCGACCAACAGAGUCCGUCCUAGCCGAUGCCGGUGUAGAAAUCCGAUUAUUAGACAGUCAGCCAGAAGAAAAACAUUUCAUUAUUCCAAAAAGCUUUGACAAGUUCUAUGGCUCUCAAAAGGGAAGUAAAUAUCAAUAUAAACGCGGAAGGUUGGACACACCCCUUCCGGUAGAACCAUCGGAAGACACAUCCGCCACGUACAGUGGGACGGACACUAAUCAUACUGAUCAUACAUACGAAUCCGUCCGCGGAAGUAUUUACAGCGGCUCGUUUAGGUUAUCAGGGUCACAAACCGGAAACUGUGAUCAGAAGGGCCAACCUCCAAUGUUAGAUUUCUGGACACAGAACAUUCCGCCUGAUCCGGCUAUGUACAAGUGUGGGUGUCCAAAGUAUGGUGCUCAGUAUACGAGUGCGUCCCAGGGUAAUAAUAGCGUGUAUUAUGACAGUGACAACUAUUCUAGUCAUCCGUACGACAAGGUGGACCAAAAUGUGUACCCCUAUAACUAUUACGGGGACCGACGAAAAAUAGUCAGUGACACUGAAACUACAGACAAUCCUCUCACAACGAAAUGGAAACGUAAACAAUUCGCCAAAAAAAGGCGUUUAACAGAACCACACAUGAGACCAGAAGUGGAAUCGUCUCAGAAAACACGCGGGAAAAAGGGUCAUUCGCAUGACUUCGAUAAUAUACCGGGCGUAGGGCCCUGUCAGUGUGACCAAUGUCGGUUAGAGGAGUAUCAACGGGAGUUAAUGGCAAGACAGGAGGAGGGUAAUAUAUAUCAGUCUAUAGAAAAUGAUUUACGAAACUCUGGAUAUAUAUAUGGCACACCAGAUUAUGAUUCCGGAUGUAACUGUCAGAUGCCGGAAGUAGAACAUUAUAGGGAUCCCUACUGGGUGCAACCACCUAACUCUGCGCAACAACGGGUGUGCCAUGCUUGUGUGAAUCCGGACCAAAGAAGUAUGUAUCAGGUAGGAGAUCGAGGAGUAACUCCGAUGGUGCCUACUCCACGGUCCGUUAAUAGUGAAGGCCAUUCCGGAGUGGACAGAAACUCUUUUAUGUCCCCUGAACUAUAUAACCUAAAUCAGUUUGAUGACGAUAGUCCUGACCACAGAAAAAGGCGACGAAAUAAGUCAGUCACAAAUCUGACGUCACCGGGUGCUUCCACGUCUGGGACGGCGUUCUCAGACUCCUAUUCCACAACAGAUCGCCCGCAUCGCACGAGAAAAAUUCCUAAAACCAAUGGGUCACUUUAUAAAUCAAAAUUGAUGAAUAGGUGAUGGUGAUGUGUUGUAUAUGAUCUUAAAAACAGUAUUAUUUUUCCAUCUUUUACCCCUGUGCUCAAAUUAGACCAGUUACCUGCCCCUGCUUUAUGACAUUUGUCUAUGGAAGUCAGCAUGUACUGUCUGUCAAUCAGUUAAAGAUGCUACAUCUCCGACAACGAUUGUAAACAAAUAAUAGACUGUCGUAUCUUUUAUACAAUAUCAAAAGCUUCUGGACUUUUCUACCAUUCUCAAAAAGUUUUUGAUCAAUUCAAAAUGUAUAAUUGCAUUCCAAAGAAAAGCUUUUAUGUUCAGCUUCUACAUAUGUAUCUUUUGUAUAUAACUUUCGAUCUGAAAGGCGAUAAUUAUUAGGAUGCUGUUGUGAUUGGUCUCAUUUAGUGUUAAUUAGAUAUGUUUCUACAUCAUGAUUGACACUUUAAUGCGUUUCUUCGAGAAACAGUAUUAUGCUGUUGGCGGUGUAGUAUCUUUAACAGUCAGCGCGUGCUGACUUUCAUAAGUUUACGCAAGUCGGGGUCGACGUCUAGUGCCUACAGUCUUGCCGAUGCAUAAGCAUUAUCAAAUAUUGGAGACAUUUUCUCUUUUUUAUUUAUACAAGCUUGGCCAAGGUCCUUUGUGAUAUUUCCCAGGGUCAUUACUUUUUAAUAUUAUUGGUACAUGUGGAAUCCAUAUUUGUAGUUUUAAAUUAUUGAAAGGUGAGAUACAUGAUCAAAUUACUAGUUUCGGUAAAUAUUAAUUGGAAGACGAGUGUUUAUCGGCUUAAACACUUCCUAUGUAAAUACAAUUACCGUGAAUCCUGUGGUUUGAUAAUGUGAUCGACACUAUUAGUUGUAAUUGUUGAAUACAUCAAUGUUUAACAUCCCAAAUAUGCUUAGUUAUACAACAUGCAUCAUUAGACAUUUAGAAGGGAAUAGAAAAAAAAAUGAAACUGAUAUUAUUUUUGCAUUGUCUUAAUUAUAUCAUCUUUUCAAAUGAAUAUACCCCUUCCCCUCGCUGAGUUUCUGUCAAAUAAAUAGAAAUUUACAAAAAUACUAGCUAUGUAAUUCAAUGCAAUAAUAUUGAAACGGUUUUGGUUAUUACAAACCUAUUUAUCAUGGUAAUACAUCUUCCUUGCGUGGUUUUAGGGUUUCGUAAUGUAAGGGAAUGUCAUUAUAUUCUAGACAGUCGGUACUGCGGCCUAAUUCUUCAUAAUAAGCAUUGAUAUAUUGUUUAUUUCAUGUGAUAAUUUUCACUGACUUGUUAAGUGUUCCAUAUCAAGGACUAGGAUGGAUUCCAGUAAGCGUGUAAGAUUUUGCAGAGUGAAGUAUUCUGCCAAACUCUAGCUUAGCUAAGCGACAUGUAUUUAGAACACAUUUAUUUGACGGAAAUUUUCUAAAUUGUUAUUAUCAAUGACAAAAUAAACACGUCAUUAUAUUAAAUAUAGCCACCAUCCAUAAAAGUAUUCCAUAUAUCUUGAUGUUGAAUUCAAUGUAAAUGUAGCUUGUGCUUCUCAUCAUUCUGGAUUCACGCCCAGGAUGUUGGAGACCAAUAAGGACAUAAUUUGAGCGAUAACGCAAUUAUCUAUACAAAGAUGAAUUUUAAAAUGUUACAACAUAAACAAAAUCGCAAAUAUGUUUUUACUUAUAAGAAUUGAACAUUUACGUAAUGACCUAUAUAGCUUAAUGGAUCAAAACAACAAGCAAGUACAGAAAUCCUAACUAGUUAGUAGAACAUUCACUUAUAUUUGUACAGUUUAAUCUUCAUUACAUCUAUGUUUCGGUCAACAAAGAUGUCUUUAUUAUGUCAUUUACCUAAAUGAAGAUAGAUGCCCCUAGAUCAGGAAAUAUAUGGAAGAUUGUAAACAUAUUAUAGAUACAUAUGUUUUAGAUACCAGUUAUUUAUGCUACUUUAGAGUUGUAUGGUUUUCAGGGUAAGUUGUCACUAAGCUAUACUUACGAGACGUUUUUUGGUGCUAGUCUUUUACACGUUACAGAGUUUGCAUGAUAUAUCCGCUAGUACUGGAUUGACAUACAUGGUUUAACUUUAAAACAAUCCAUAUCUCAAAUCAAAGAUAUGUUUUGGCUGGGGAUACACUUUCAGCUUCUAAUGCAUUUUAAACCAGUUUUAAAAUCAUGAUUAUAAUAUGAAUUCAAUGCUAAUUCCUGUUGCUUGUAUUCUAAUUGUCUUAAAAAUAUUGUUAGAGUGUUGCAAUAAACGUGACAAAAAGAGUAUUGUUAAGGACAAUCAUGCUACGUAUAUGUCAUGUUUAUUUAUAAAACUUUGAUUAUGAUUUAAUAUUGAUUCUAGUCUGACAUACGGGAGAUAUGAAAACUUCAAAUUCUAGUCAUUCGUCAUACACAAAUCAGGUGACAAUCAAGUCUUAAGGCAAAACAUACCUACGACGAGUAAAACUCGUUAGAACAACACGGACCACAAUCGGACCAUAUCCACGUAAAGUUUAGUAUAUUAUAUUCUUACUGUUAAAGGGUCGACGAGAUCAGUUUUAUCUUUAAAUGAAGAAAUUAAACAGCUGUUAAAACACAUCGAGAACAUGUAUUGAAAUGGUGGAAAAAAAUAACCAAUUUAUUCUGAAAAGUAAGUUGUCAGAGACAUGAAUCUGGCAAACAGCCAUGAACAUGUACCCUUUUUAUUGGUAAGCAAUUCCCAUUGUCCAUCUUUUGUAAUCAUUACGAACAGCCUACUCAGUAGCGGACAAUAUACCUGUCUCAAUAUCAAAGCUGCUGUCUCAACGUCAAAGAGUAAGUAGGAUUGAAACAUGAAUAGAUUGUUGUACAUACAUUACGCUAUUACCACCUUCUAAACGUUUAAGGUUCUAAUUUAUUGUAUCUUUUAAGUAAAAGUAGAUAAAUAAUCAGUUGCAUCCUGAAGGAAUUAUAUCGUGCUCCGCCUAUAUAUUUAUAAGUCUUCUAAGCGAUACAUAUAAGGAUGCUAUUAUGAGUUCAUUUUCCGUGUUAGAUAUAUUUCUCGUAGGUGCCACUUUAUGUAUCUUUUUGGAGACACAGUGUUUUCACUGUCGAGGAAGAAGCAUUUUUAACAAAAUGGCUUGUCUAAAUAUAGUGCUGAAAACAAUUCUAAAGAUAACUAAUGUUUUCUUGUAAGGCUCUGCAGAGAGGUGAAUCAAAAUAGAAAAAAAAUGUUAGUAGUAUAAAUAAUGACUUCGAGGAUAUAUAUGACCAAAAUAAAGUUUUUAAAACAAAAACCGGAAUUUGUUAAUGACUCCAAUAUUAUGAUAAAUUCAGUUUGUUGUCCUUAAUAUGAUGGUACUAAUAAAUAUUUAUAAUCACAUGCAUAUUUGUUUGAUAUCGAAAACAGAUUGGUCAUAUUAAGGUGAGAGCAGUAUUUUUUUUUCUUUCGUCUAUACACAAAGCUUGGUCAAGGUGAGUAUUCAACCGUUGUUGAACGUGUGAACAAAUAAAUCUCUGAAAACACACUAUCGACUUCAGCAGGAUCAUUGCAUUUGAAAGCCGGGUUGUUACGUAAUACCAUUGUGAUUAGAUUUCGCGUCAUCUUUUUUUCUCUGACAAUAUUGCAUACAACCAGAAUUACUCGUUCGUGAUAAGAAGUCUCGUUCAAUACACUCACUGUACAUGUUUAUUGUCUGCAUUUACCAAAAACAUACCUUUUUAUCACAACGGUUGUUAUGACUUAAUCAUACAUCAAAGCGUCCUUGCUGCACAGAACACCGGGGAAGAUAUUUUCUCGUUUCUUUUUUUUUACUUUUGAUCUUGAAUUAAACUCGAAAUCAAGCAAAAUAAAUCGAUAUUAUUUUAUUUUUAUUGCCGUGCAUUUCAACUACAAUAUCUACCACAUGCCACCAGAAACUAAUCACUAAUUACAUUUCACGUUUUCUCUACAUAAAUGUAACGAAAUAAAAAAAUAAUUAAAAAAUUGAAGAAGCUCACAUAAUCAAUUUUAUUACAAAAAGUGGUUUUGUAGGUUAUCCAAUAGAUUUAAUGGUGUUUUGAUUAAAGACAUUUCCACAGGCACGAGUCUGUCAUGUCACAUGAUCUUAAAUUCCGCACGUGUCACGUUGCAGUCACAACACGUGAAUUAUCCUUAAUCGUCUUUGAUUGGAACGAAGUCAAUGCAUACGUUGAUUUGGUAUGGUUCUGUGACUGCUCAGCAUCUGGUCCAGGCAAAGUCAGACACUUUAUAGAUAUAAUAGAUAAGUGUUAGUAGUAUCAUAAACGUUAAGACACAAAAUGUCCGUUCAUGUAACGGUUGUUUCAUUUCAUAAAUUGAGUAGAUUGCUUCAACAUGUCCUAUACCAUCAUGCUAAUGAUUGAAUUACGUUCGGAUCUGCCGCAUAAUCAAGCCAAUAACAAAACAAUGUGAUUUAUGAUGCAGGAAUAUGUGGCCGUUUAAUAGUCUAUUGUCUGAAAUCUUUUGAUGUUGGUGGCUUCAUCUUGCUUCAUUGACAAACCAAACAUUCCGAAUUUCGUAACAUUUUAGACUUUUUUAGUUUUGUUUCUCAUAAAGAUGAAAUAAAUGACCUUGUUAAACAUUAUUAUUUCAUAUAUUCAUACAAAGAAUCGCAUAAGGGAUUGAGAUUAUAUAUAAUUGUAUAAGAUUAUAUAAGAUUAUAGAUAAUUGAGGCGACUUUCUACAUUGUUAGAGCGCUAAGCAAUGUUGUGUGUUUGGUUAGAUGCUCAUUGUCAACUGUUCUCGAAGAUACGCUUACUUUCAAGAUAAAUGUAAACUGCUCUAUUUUGUUGAAAUGUCCAAAAUAAUAAUAUUUGCUUUAUUAUAUAUCGGAAAUUAAAAUAGUCGUUAUUUUUUGUAUCGAUAUAAAUUCCACAUCGUUUGUUCAAUAUUUUUUGGAAAGAUAACAUGCGAUUGUAUUGUUCCCAGAAGAACAUACUGUUUAGUGUAUUGUUCCUACAUGGAGAUUCGACAGAUUGGUGUUCACUUAUGAAUUUUUUUUCCAUUUAAGGUCUCUUUAUAGAAUAUUAACAUGGUAUAAACGAAAUACCAGUAGUUCCAUAUAUAUAUCAUUCAUUAUAAUUCCUUAUUCAUCCUAAUUGACUCCGGUAUCACAAACAAAAAUUACGUCAGAUUUGUGUUUCACAGAAACCUUAACAAAAUAAAGUUUAUGAAAUCAGGACCCUUACAUUUCAUUCAGAACAUUUUUUGUUGUUGGGAAAGGGUAUAUUAGUGUCCUUUUUUUAAUUUGGUGUCUCCCCUUUCCUUACUUUGAAUUUUUUUUCAUUAUAAUGACACUAUAGAAUACUUAUACUGUUGAAACGUAAUCAAAGACAUUAUUCUUGUUUCUGACACCAGAGCUGAAACAAUCACUCAUUGAAUAUAACCGAAGGGCGAACACUGAAGGAUUUUUAUGCGAAGGGCUAUUUUAAAUGUGUGCAAUAUAUAUGACGUAAACUGGUUAUGCUGUAUUCUCCUUACUGGGGUUUGUUCCCGAAGUGUGCAGGUGAUAUGUAUAUUGUAUUGAUGAGGGUAUAUUUGGUUGUGAAUAUCAUUGUUUUAUGAGAUUACUAUCAUAUGUGUAAAAUGUGUAUUCAUGGCCAGAACGUUGUUGAAUAUCAAAAUAAACAUAUUGAACCAAUUAA